AUGUCCGAAAAAUUUUUACCUCGUGACCAACCAACAAACCGAAUCCAAACCGGACCAGUUCGUACUGCGAUGGUCUUAUUGUUCUACGGUAUAACCACAGGCCCUCCCACAUGUUAUAACGUGGAAUUUGGACAGCUUACGCAAUCCCUUAUCCUUCCUGACCGGGAACAAUUGUUCCAUGCAUGUACACCGUUCCAUUUUCGUGUGCGUACAUCCACGGAUUCCGUGAUCGAAUCCAAUGGGAAAGUUAUUACCGUUCAAAUGGAAGAGCCAUGUUCCGCACAAGAUGAGUGUUGGUCAGUUCUUUCGGCUGCCGUUAUUCACAGUCUGCCUGCAUUCUCUUUGGGCAAUCCAAACCCUUCACCGAGUCGAGUAUCAUACGCACCGCUGACGAGUACAUCACAGUUGGAUAUCCGUGAUCCAGUGGUUUUGCCUGAUAGAAAUUCUACACAAAGCGCUGUCAGUCCACAUGAUGCAGACUCCAUCCCAAGAAGCCCGCCUCAGUUGUCUUCCGUUCUACCGAGAAACUCGCAUUCACCACAACAACAACAAUGUUCAUACGAUCCACGUCGUUAUCAGCCGAUCAACCCGAACGAAUCUAAAAAGCAGGUACAGUCUACACCGAUUGUCGACCCGACGGGUGCGAAGUCCCCAACCACGUCAGGUCAGACUUGUCCCACUUCUCUGCAAUCAUUGUUGGCUAAACUGCCUGCCGCACAGCUCAGACGUUUGGAAGAGAUUAUUAACGCGUUGUUGGCGAAAAGCGAAGAAUCGACAGACGAGACACCAUUUGGAGCACCGGGUUCGACAUCUCGUCAAGGUUCUGGAUCUGAGCGGUCGACAUACAUGUCAACCUCAGUGGACGUGGGCGUGAACACGACUGCAAUAUUGCACACCAGUUCCACUCACGAAUCAUUCUCCCGUUCACCGAGUUCUCAUCGGAUUCAGUUCCCACAUUCUAACGAGAAGAACUCCACAAAAUUCGUUGAAGAAUCGGACACUGAUUACGGGCUGUCGUCAAGUUUGGGAAUGGAAACUGAUGACCCCGGACCGUUCGGUUCGGACGUGUCCAAAUCCGGUUCGGUCAGACAGCCAAAUACAAACACCCUUCGCAUUCGGGAUGACCAAAAGGUGGAAUCAAAUAGCGUAUCUUCCCAUCCUGAAGCUUUAUUAUCCCCCGGAUUCUCUGGACACGAGACGGAGAAUGAUCACGGCACAGUCCGACCGGACACUGCCACCACGAUUCCGGCUAGCGCGAAUGAAGACCGAUUUAGCAACUUAUUGGCUGGAAUACAAGGAAUACUCAAUCGACAGAACAAAGUGCAGCAGCGUUCAACUACUAACCAAAGCAAUACACCACGGCCGCUCGAAUCGACACGAUCUCCCGCGGAACGAAGUCGGUCUGAAAACUCAAUGCGUUCGGUAAACGAUGCACCGAACGGGCAACGCCUAACACCGACGAUAGACCAACUUGAACGUGGUCAACCAGGACGUCUAACUCCAGCCAGUCAUGAACGCGUGACAAGUUGGUUGUCGGGUGAACAGUAUUCCCAUAGUCCUCAAUCGGGACAAAUUAAAGAACAGUCUCGAUCGGAUGGAGACGUUGGAUCGUUACUCAACGAUCACAGUUUUCUCGUCCCCGAGGUUCCACGACGACAAGGGACAAGUGCAAGGAGCUAUACACCGACUCCGAGCUUGAUCAGUGCCAAUUUGUGUCAGUACCAAUCAUUGCAACUGGAUUCAACCACCGAGUCUGUGGAUCGCACACAACCGUCAACCGACACAGAUCAAAGUGUGUUCUUGGCCAAGCUGGUCGAAAAGUAUCUGGGCACAAAAGCACAUCUGAAGGCAAACAAGUUCAGUUCCCCCGGGCGGAGACAAGCCACGGAUGUUAGCUGUUACGGUGGCCUAAACCCCAAUGACAUGAGUAUAGCCACGCAAAACUAUCUGGAACGGCACAACAUGCUGGAUACGACCGGUCGCGAACACAAACCGGGUCGGGUGCGCUCGACAAUUCCGACCAGUACACCAGCCUGUGGUCUGUCGUUCGCAUCGUCACAGGGAUUGUUUCACAUCCAGCCGUUCAAACGUGUACCCUCGUCGCGAGACACAGAGAACAAAGAUCCCGGUCAUUCCAUACAGUCGGAUAGUACAAUGCCCAAUGUGUUAGACGGUUUGCAGCUGGACAGAUCCCCACUAGGUGACACAAUAGCCAACCACGAUCCGGAUGUGAAGCUGUUACUCCCACCACUGACAGAGCUGUCAUCGUUGUUCUCUUUCACUAGCACAGAAAGUAGCGCAUUACCCGAGGCCGGGAAUUCCCCGUGUGUGGCUCGGACGACCAGCAGAGACNGGUCUAAUUUUGGAUAUUGA